GUGGGCUGCGAUCAGCUCCUUCUCUCCUCACUGUGGACUCCUACCGUCUCUCUCAGUCUGAUCGGAUCAGUUCUCGGUAUGGGAGACGUCACAGCCUCCAACAUGAGCAGUCUGCGGACGUGUAAGGAAACAUUUGACAGAAGCAGCUCUGGACCUGUGGAGGACACGGACACCACCAGCUUUGUGGCGGAAUUUUCAUUGGAGGCCAAUUAUCCAGUUCAAGUGACAGAUCCUCAUGCAGAUGCUGUGACACUUCACCUGAGCUCAAUGCCCUCUGGAUACCUGAGUCCCUCCCCAGACAGAAUAAGACAGCCAGUUGAAGAUGUUGAAGAAUGCUCUUGCUCAACAUCUACUUCACCAGACUACCCCAAAGAACUGCAGUUGCUAGACAGCCACUGUGAAAAGUGCUGCUGCCCAGCACCUCCUCCCAAGAUCAGUGACCUCAUGAAUGACAAAGACCUCCUGGACUUGCUGCGGCUCAAACUGGAUCCAAACCACUGCACCGUCAAAAACUGGAAAAACUUUGCCAGUCGCUGGGGAAUGAGCUACGAUGAACUGACCCUCCUGGAGUACCGGACCCAGGGCUCCUUGUCCCACAGCCCCACCCAGGAGUUCCUGCUGCGCUACAACCAGAAAACAGUCACUGAGCUCACUGAACUUUGCCGCAUCUACCAGCGCAAUGAUGUACUGCGACUGCUGCAGAGCUGGAUAGAGAAGGACUGGCCGUCAAGGUGGCAACAGACGCAUUAACCAGUUUGACUCUGUUUAUUUGUGCUGUAUCUGUUUUUUAUUCUGUCAGGGUUUAGGAAUUUCUUCUUAAGCCGCUUUGAUACAUGUUACCCCAUUUUUUGUCAAUUUGGCUUGUGGUCGAAAGAAAAUAGUGGAAACUUUGAUCCUCAACUGGAAACUGAAAAUCUCAGUAGAAAGUAAAGCACCUGACCUCAAGUCGCAGCCUGUCUGUCCGACUGACAUUUAUCCACUAGUGAAUAGUGUCGUCAAGCUUUGUACUGAUAUCCAAGGUGAAUUUCAGCUGUCUAAAUUAGGCAUUAAAGAAGACCAAAAGAUUGGACCAAAAGAAUUGUAUGACACAUGCAUGAAGUCUGUAAAACAGUUAAAUUCCAGCCCUUACCUUAGAUAUCAAAAUAUGGAAACAAAUUUUGGGGAUUUAAUGUUAAUUGGGAAAUGAAAAAAAAAGGAUUUUUGUAACAUUUGUAAAAUAUUGAGGGGCAACAGGCUCCUGUACGUUUGUAUCACAGAUUCAGACUCACUUUCAAAAUCAUUGCAGCCCAAUGAAACAAUGUCCGAUAGAUAUGUUUCAUCGUUUAUUAUUUAUUUAUAUCAUCAUCAUUGUAUAGAUUAAAAUCCAAACCAACGGCACAUGCAGAUUUUAGCUGUUGCCUGUUCACAUUAUGACUGGCCAAGAGCUGUUUUUAUUAAACACCAAAUCUUCUGAUUUUCAGUGUACGUCACUUCAAGCAGCCCUUUGACUCUGCGCUGCUGAACCUACAUUGCAGGUGCACUUAGAGACUGAGGUCUGCGACCUACUGCCCUGUGCUGGUGGCCCUUGACGGUUAACAUCGGGCCCUUAGUCUUUUUAAUGUGAAUCUGUGUGUAUAACAAACAAAGCUCAAAACAAUGGCAGAGUAUUAAUUUUUUUAUGGAAUAUUUUGUGAUACACCCAUACAACCUACAGCAGGAUGUGCUUCACAACCAUGACUAAUAACUGCUCUGGUUUUGUCUCAUUUACUGUUGUGCUAUUAUUGUCUCCAGUGGGAUGGAGAACAUAUGAUAGAUCAGGAAGUGAAAUAUUUCUUUCAUAGAUCUCAGAAUCUUGAAAAUAAUCUACAAAAAUAUAAUUUUUGUUGAAUUUGAUAAAACAAAAACUACAGUUUGAACUUUUAAUGCUCUUUUUUAUUUUGAAGAUAUUAAAUAUCUGUAUUGUACUUGUUC